UCACCAUGGGGACGGCGAUGCUGACGAAGGCUUGUGAAGCUGAGAAGACAAAUUGCCCUCAUCAUUAUCUCCGGGCUUGUCAAUCAAAUAUAUUCCCUUAUUUACCUCAGCGAGGAGAGAGCCCCGGGAGCACACGGAGAGGGAGGGAGCGAGAGGAGAGCUGCUUGCCCCAAACUCCGCACCGGGAGGGAGCAUUUCCAGCCCCUCAGGAUGGCCACCAUCACCUGCAAUCGCUUCACUGAGGAGUACCAGCUCUUUGAGGAACUGGGCAAGGGCGCUUUCUCCAUUGUCCGGAGAUGCGUGAAGGUGUUGGCAGGACAAGAGUAUGCGGCCAAGAUCAUCAAUACCAAGAAGCUCUCUGCUCGAGAUCACCAGAAGCUGGAACGAGAAGCCCGGAUCUGCCGUCUCCUGAAGCACCCCAACAUUGUGAGGCUCCACGACAGCAUCUCUGAAGAGGGCCACCACUACCUGAUAUUUGACCUGGUCACCGGCGGGGAGCUCUUUGAGGACAUUGUGGCCAGGGAGUACUACAGCGAAGCGGAUGCCAGCCACUGCAUCCAGCAGAUCCUGGAGGCCGUCCUGCACUGCCACCAGAUGGGGGUGGUUCACCGGGAUCUGAAGCCAGAGAACCUGCUGCUGGCAUCCAAGCUGAAGGGUGCUGCCGUCAAGCUGGCUGACUUUGGCCUCGCCAUCGAGGUGGAGGGCGACCAGCAAGCGUGGUUUGGUUUCGCCGGCACCCCGGGAUAUCUGUCCCCCGAGGUGCUCCGGAAGGACCCGUACGGCAAAGCCGUGGAUCUGUGGGCUUGCGGUGUCAUCCUCUACAUCCUGCUGGUUGGGUACCCACCCUUUUGGGAUGAAGACCAACACCGACUCUACCAGCAGAUCAAGGCUGGGGCUUACGAUUUCCCCUCCCCUGAAUGGGACACGGUCACUCCUGAAGCAAAAGAUCUCAUCAACAAGAUGUUGACCAUAAACCCAUCCAAGCGCAUCACAGCAGCAGAGGCUCUGAAGCACCCCUGGAUAUCGCACCGUGCCACCGUGGCGUCAUGCAUGCACAGGCAGGAGACAGUGGACUGUCUGAAGAAGUUCAAUGCCCGGAGGAAGCUGAAGGGAGCCAUCCUCACCACCAUGCUGGCCACCAGGAACUUCUCCGGAGGCAAGAGUGGUGGCAACAAGAAGAAUGACGGAGUGAAGGAAUCGUCGGAGAGCACCAACACCACCAUUGAGGACGAAGACACCAAAGUACGGAAGCAAGAAAUCAUUAAAGUCACAGAGCAGCUGAUUGAAGCAAUAAGCAAUGGCGACUUCGAGUCCUACACGAAAAUGUGUGACCCUGGGAUGACUGCUUUUGAGCCUGAGGCUCUGGGCAACCUUGUGGAAGGCCUGGAUUUCCACCGAUUCUACUUUGAAAACCUGUGGUCCCGGAACAGCAAGCCCGUGCAUACGACGAUCCUGAACCCCCACAUCCACCUGAUGGGAGACGAGUCUGCCUGCAUUGCCUACAUUCGCAUCACGCAGUACGUGGACUCUGGAGGGAUCCCCCGCACUGCCCAGUCCGAGGAGACCCGCAUCUGGCACCGCCGGGAUGGCAAAUGGCAGAUUGUUCACUUCCACAGAUCUGGCGCGCCCUCGGUCCUACCGCAGUAAGCCCUCUGAAGUGUGGCCCUGCCCGUGUUGGGUUUGUCACUGACUGACUACCAAGGGGAGACCUCCUCCGACAUGUUCACCUACGGGACUUUGGCUGUUGGCUCUGCUGCUUGGUUCCUGCUGGAAUAACCCCUCGCUUCUCACCGCACACACACGACAGCCCCGCCAGUGCAGCACAAGCACCCCAUCAAACCCCCCACCCUGCCGGGGUCGUGGCGCUGGGCCCCCUUCCUCUGCAUGAACCAGAAAAAGAGAAACCAUGAAUUUCAACCCAAGCAUCUGCCCGGUGUACAGGCCCCCCUCCUCGGCUGCAUAGCGUCGGUGGGCCUCCUCACUACCCAGCACAUCUACUGAACUGGGCUCAUCCUCCACCUCCAUUCCCACCUCUGCUGGAAGCCCUCCGUGGAAGAAGAGGGCAGUUUUGAGCCGCUCUCUGCUGCACCCUCCCUGUGUGCUGGUGGAUUUUGCUUUGCUGCUGUCAAGGUCCCUUUCUGCUGCCAUGACUCCUGCCUGCUCCCAACCUGAGUUCCUGCUUCCCAGCAGCCUCGUCCAGGGAACUGCAAUUCAAUCCAUUUGCCAAGUCCAUUUUUCAUGCGUACCUGUGCAAGGAGGGCCGUGUUUGGAUGGGUGAGUAAAGACUAUCUGUUCAUUUUCUCUUCCCAGCGCAGGCUGGCUUCUUCCCAGGAGAGCAAGUAGGUUUGCACCCUGGCUCCAGGCUGUGGAGCCAACUGCUGUGCCAAGAAGGAUGCUCUCCCUUCUUCCUCCCUUCUCCCUUUGGAGCAGAGACUGGCGAUGCUGGGAGAAGAGAGGAGGAGAAUGACAACUGCUUCCCUUCAGCACAGAUGGGAGCUGGGGCUCUCCCAUCCAUGUCCGGGUGGUAGCAUCGCCCCUGCACCCUCCUCCUCACCCACCACCCAGCCUGGGUCCUUUUCCCCAGCACCCACCCUGCCCCCACGUACAGCACUGGCGUUCCCUUGCUCCCGAUUCCCAGGAUGGGAUGGGGCCAGCCAAGCUGGCUGCUGGCUCGGGCACAAAGCUCCAUGGCCCGCGUGACUCCUUCCAGCGACAACAAGGAAUGCAAGCUUUAGUGACAAACUGCAGAAUCUGAUUGUGCUUCAACAAAAACAAACAAGCCUUUCGCUGUCUUCUCCUUUGAGCGCAUGCCUUUUUAUAGGGGAAAGAAACCAACCUACCGUGUAUUUCGUAACUUGAUUUUGAGUAUUUGCUGAAAUGGAUCUUUAUGUAAUAACUAGAAGCAUUCAACUGUUUAAGUGGGGCGGGAGGGGGUAUUUUCGGGGGUUGCUGUUUUUCAUUGCGUUUACAUUUGAAGUGGGGUUGUUCUGCCACGAUGCUCCUACCAGGGGUCCCACGGCUGCCAGCCUCCUCCUCUCACACCGUGGUGGCUUGUCCCAUUCUGUCCUGCAGCGUUGGGUGGCAAAGGCACCCGCCUCCAGGGGCACCCAUCUCCAGGGGCACCCACAUUGCCGUGGCACCUUCCUGCACCCCAUGGGUCUUCCUGCAGGGCAAACCACAGUGGUGGCUCUGGAGUGCCACCAGCAUGUGGCUUUCAGGACAGAAGACAUGGCCAGGAAGGGGAACGUUAGUUUCACCUCUUUGCCAUCAGGUAGAGGUUCAAGUGUGGGUGUUCUUCUGGCAAUUCUUCCAUUUCAAAUUCUCUUUUUUCCAACUGUAGCCUCUUUGCUCACUGAUGAGGCUUCUGCAGCACUGCUGCCCCGGGGUACUUUCUAGCUCCACUCUCUUCGUCUGCAUGUGUUUAACUUUUUAGACGGUGCGUGUGUUGAAAAACAAAGAAACGAACAAAAACUGCUUCUUUUGGACCUAAAAAAAAAGGAAAAAGGAAAAAAAAAAGGAAAAAAAAAGAGGAAAUGUUUCCUCCAUGUAAAUUCUGAGUGUGUAUUUUGCAUUUUCAGUGGUUUUGAAUGCUUUGCUCUCUGUUGAGGCAGGGACAGCCACAAUGCCAAAUGCAGCUGCAUCCUUGCAGACUGCAAAAUUAUUUUCCCACUGGAUGGAGGGGGAGAAAUCUAAACUGCUGGGGCAUGGACAGGCCCUGAGAAGUGUUUUGGUGUGUUCCUCUGUGCCAGCAGUGUGAUGGCUGCUGGUGAUGUAUGUAGGAGAUGCCUUUUUGGGGGCAAAUCACAGAGCUGAUCCAUGGGUGCCCACGGGGUUCCCCAUGCCUUUGGUGGACCUGUGCACCAUAGGCUUGCAAGAGUUCCCCAAAGCAGGGAAAUCCAUGCAGGGAAAGGAUUAACUUUUAAGGUAGAGUUUGGGUGUUUUUACAAAUCUGUUUUUCUUCCUGUAGUCAUGUAGUGCUGAAGUUUUUUUAAUUUUUAAAGGAAGGACUCAGCUCUUUCAUAGUUCUCUCUCUCUCCCUCUCCAGAGCUGGCUCUGAAGCUGGCUGUGGUCAUUGUCAUCCACCUUCUAAUGUCCAAGCUCUUCAGGUGUCAAGAGGAUUUUUGGGAAUUGGUAUAAGGUGGAUGAUGAUGGAGGACAUCAUAUCAGGGCUCUGCAUGGGGGCUGAAGGGCAGAUGCCAUCACAGCCUGGUUUUGAAGCUGCUGAUAGCUGUGGACCUUGGGUGGCCUGUGAGGGUGAAGCUGCUCCAGCAGCUGCUACUGGAGAAAGGACUGGGACUGGGGUCUGGUGGGAUUCCCUGGGAAUAACAGAUGAGAUGUUGGGGUAGAUACAACCUCCUUUCACUGAGAACCCACAGCCACUUCUAGGGAGAAGCAUCUUGGUCCCAGGAAGGCUUUGAGGUGUCUUUUUGGAGGGAGUUUCUCUUCCUUGAGGUUUCCCUAAGGUCAUCUCCCCAGGAGGCAGCUGGAUGUCCUUGCAACACUCCUUUGCAAGGGAAGCAGAGUCUGAAGUUUAAACUCAUUCUAGUCUUCCAGUCAAGCUUCAGCCUGACCAAGGAAGACCCAACUUCCCAACAUGCCCACGCUGGCAGCAUUAAGCACCUGCACUUUAGGGGUCUGUCCUGCCUGGUGUUUCUGCCCCACCUUGUCCUGCUUCUCCAGAGCAGGUUCCUGUAUCUCCAGACCAUCUCAGCUAGCACUGAUGGACCUCCACCUUUUCUUUCAGUAUCCGUGGAAAACAUCUGUCUCUGUCUUCCUUCGCAUUUGCUGAUUUCUCCUAAACUUGCAGGAAAGCUAUAUAAAUAAGUUUCCACCGUCCUUCUUUGGCUGGAAGAGUCAGGGAUGCUGCUCUACUUUUAAGCUGUUGACAUUGUCCCUGACACAUGUAAAUGGGCAUUGCCCCAACAAUCUCACCAUGGAUCUGGGAAUGAAAAUGUCCAGGGAUAUUCCUAAUAAGCAACAUGGGCAGGGAUAGAGUUUACCACCAUGGACCUCCUGUCCCAUCGGCCUCAAGUCUGGAGAUCAGGCUAUGGCACAUUUAAUUUCCUGGCACAGACAGAACCCCUCUCCUCUGAUCUCCUGGUGCCUGGGUCAAACCAAACUCAGAAGUCCUCCAAACUCAUCCUCUCUUCCACCUCUCCCAGACCACAGGGGAUGUUUAACUGGAAGCACUUGCUGUAGUGGUGUCGAGCUCCCAGCUCCACAGGUGGGUUUCGGAGCUGCCUGUUUUCCCUUCCUGGCUGCCAAGGUCCUUUGGCAACAUCAUAAUUUCUCACAUCUUGCUGAUGCAUCCCCUCUGGAAGACAAAGAGGCCUCAGCUCUUUGCUGGAGGAGCCGGCGCCCUCCUUCUCACCCCAGCCAGACACUGCUGGGAGAGUUGUCUUUUCCCCUCAAACCCACAUGAAAUGCCCCUUCUGCCAGGCACCAAAUCCUUGUCUGACCCCAAACCUGCCUCUCCUCCCAUGGCUGCCCCCAUGGAUCUCCAGAAGCUGAAGCAGGCAGCAGUCAUUUCCUCCCACCUGGAGCUCCUGGUGGGCUCUGCAGCCCGUGGUGGGAUUGCAGUGCCGUGUGUGAGGGGGCAGCCACACAGCCCCAUGGACCAAGAGGUGUCUGCCAGCAGGAGAUCACAUCCUCUGAUCACCUUAGGAGACAGACUGACCCUUCUUGCCCACCACAGGAUGGGUUAUGGUGUACCCCACGCUCCUGAUGCUGCACAGAUCCUCCAGCCAGCAGAGACCUUACCCUUGCCCAUGUCCCAAGGUGCAGGUCCUGUCCGUAUCAGACAGGGAAACCCAGAUGUGAGCAGGCUGUGGGGACACCAGAGCAGGGGCUGGUGGCCACUCUGCCACCAGAUUCAUCUGAAUCUCCUUCCCUCCUGCAGGUCAUCAACAGGGAGUGGGAGAGAGGGAGCAGUGGAGGGGACUGUAUCGAGUGGCUCCUUCCUUCUUUGGAUUGUUGUCCCUUUUUUCUAAUUGUUGCACAAUUUUAGGGCUUUUGUAACAUUUUUUGGACAAGCAGGGAAAAUAUGUUAACAGUGGUUUAAAGAAAGAAAUUGAGAUCUAUCUCUCUCUUUUAUAUUUUAUAUAUAUAUAAAAAAUAUAUAUACUUACAGGAAAUCUCUAUGGAAAUAUUUAUUUAAGAUGAUUGCAAAAAAUAUAUUAUAAUUAAGAGUAUACCAAGCUUUGUCACGUAACAAAAUAAUCAAGCCCCAGGGAGGGGUCGCUGCCUGUCCCCUCGUGUCUGUUCGUCCGUACGGUUGCAGCUGAAGCCUUUCUCUUCUCUUUUUGUAAGUGCACUCGAACUGUUGAGCAGUGUGACCGUGUUGGAUUCAGUGGGAACUUGGGGGGGUGGGGGGGUGGGUAGGGGAGGACUGAUUUUGUUUCCUUUUCCUUUGUCUUUUUUGAACCUGCGGCUGUGAACAGAAUGAUCACUGCUCAAAUCGGAUGCUCUGUUUGGGGAGGGCGGUGGGGGGGGACGGGGAGCGGGGUGGGUUUGGGAGGGAGGGCGAGUGUCAGUUUUAUUCUUGGUGUUCAAGUGCAAUAAAUAGCUACCAACUUCUGAGCAUGGAAA